AUGGCUGAUGAACUUAAUGAUAUGCUAUUCCAUUUAUUGUGGGUAAAAGACGCUGUAUUUGAUUCUAGUACAAAAGCGAUUAUUCCUCAAACAAUUAUUUAUAAAUAUUAUCAGCCGAGAUAUUGAUUUUUCACAUCACAAGAUGGGACAAUUAAAAGGAAAUCUAAAGACAAACUAACAAAAGAACAAAUUCAGCAUGACUUUAUGAAAGCGAUUUCACCAUCAGGAAUUAUAGCUGUAUAUUAUUGCAUUUAUAAAAAUAAAAGAGUCAUUGAAUAUUUGACGACGAAAACUUUCAAUGAAUUUUUGUAUAAAAGGAAAAUUGAGUAUGAUGGGAUCCUUCAAAAAUUUGUAUACUUUUUUGUGUAAAAAAAUUAUUAAUAAAAUAUAUUUGAUAUAAUUAAAAUAUCAAGGUAUAGAUCCUUAUGGGUCUAAAAAUUUUGCAUUAACUGCUAUAUGGACACCUAAUUUCUGCAUGUUUGAGAAAAAAGAAAACAAGCUUGAUUUAUUUAACCAAAGCUUCGAUCUCUAUGAGAGAGCUAUGACUUUUGAAGGUAAAGAAUAUUUCGUUGAAGCUACCCCGCUUAGGGGCAAUGAUAUCCCUCGCAAGCUACAAGAAAAUUGUGACUCAAUUGUUUCCCAUGUCUCAGCUGUCAGUUUCGAAAAAUUAAAAAUCGCCAGAAUGGUUGUCCACUUCAGAAUAGACAGUAAAAUGAGGCUCUGGCUUCUCUGUGCAACCUCCUUACGGUUUUCAACAGACGCCCAUAUGCUUCCUAUUGAUUUAAACGCUGAAAUGGGAAUUCCGAAAAUUUUGAACCCAAAAAAGCUCACAGUGGAUUUUAAAAAUGCAUAAAUAGAAUGACAUUUAGUUUGAGAGAAAUUAACUGUGAUAAUUUUCUAUCUCUCUUGGGGUAUAGAACGAGGUUUUUUCCGCUUAGCACACCCGAGGAAGAUGACCCCUAGGUGGAUGCGUGCAGGAGCAGAGACAGGCAAGAGUGAGGAGGGCCUGUUCCAUGAGGCUUUCUGGUCCGGUGGCUGUGAAACUUAUUGGAUUUCCAAAUCAGUCUGAAUAUGGCAUUACGUCGAAAUCCCCAGUGACGUCAGCACUUGGAAUUAAAAGGGCAGGCUUUGGCCACUUCACCCUACUGAAGGAAUUGACACAUUAAAGACUAAGUUAAUUACUAUUAAGGAUUUCAAAAAUCCAGCAAUUUUGAUAAAAAGUGUUAAAUGUUCUAUGUGUGAAGCAAUGUUUGAGCUUGAUAAAAUUGCUGAAAUGGACUACAGGGUGGUUAUUUCACUAUUAAAAGAUGAAGAAAUACCGAUAAUAAUUAGAAAUAUCCACCCUAGGCUUAAAAUCAAUGAUUAUAAAAGGCUGAGAAAUCAUGAAAAAUUUUUAGAAAAAAAGGCUCAGCUGUGUUUUGACUGUUUUUUGUCACUUUCUAGGAACUUGCCGUCUAGUGGGGUGCUUAAAAGUGUCCCUAGAUGUCAGUCGCUAAGUGGAAUUGGGCCUUUGCACCCUGAUAGAUUGCAAUCAAGAAGAGACCGCACAAUGUCUUCAUUAGCAAGAAGCCCUGUUAAUGCAAGAACGCCUAGCACAGCUUCAUCAAGAAAUGUUUUUUCAUCCAGGACUUCAAAAACAGCAGGUGGGGAAUUAAUAUUGAUGCCACUGUCUCCAGUUUAA